AUGGCGCAAGAUCUCCCCAUUACCUUCGGGGAAGUGCUCAACCUGAGCACCCUGGGCGUGAACCUGGACUACGUCAAGUUCGGCACGACGACCAUGGAGUCGGACAAGUUCGUGUGCGUGUGCGAGCAGGUGAACGGCCAGGCCAGCGUGGUGAUCGUGGACCUGGCGGCGGGCAACACGGUGCAGCGCCGCCCCAUCAACGCCGAGGCGGCCAUCAUGAACCCCGUGAGCAAGGUCAUCGCCCUGCGCGCCGAGAACCAGCUGCAGAUCUUCAACAUGGAGCUGCGCGCCAAGAUGAAGAGCCACCUGAUGAACGAGGCCGUGGUCUUCUGGCGCUGGAUCUCGGUCAACACGAUCGCGCUCGUCACGGCCUCAGCCGUCUUCCACUGGAGCAUCGAGGGCGACUCGCCCCCGGCCAAGAUCUUUGACCGCCACGCCAACCUGGGCGCCGGCACGCAGAUUAUCAGCUACGAGGCGUCGGCCGACAACCAGUGGAUGCUGCUCGUGGGCAUCUCGCAGGGCGACGGAGGCCGCAUCGUCGGCAACAUGCAGCUCUACUCGAUGGACAAGAAGGUGAGCCAGGUGCUGCAGGGCCACGCCGGCGCCUUCGCGCAGAUGAAGCCGCCCGGACGGACAGACGACGCGCAGGUGCUCGUGUUCGCCGGCACCAAGGGCGAUGGCCAGCCCAUGCAGCUCUUCAUCAUGGAGGUGGGACGCGACCGCGACGCCCCCGGCGGCGUCUUCCGCCUCCCGCCGGCGCAGAUCCCGUUCGCCGCCGACGCACAGGCGGAUUUCCCCGUGUCGAUGCUCGUGAGCCCCGGCGACGACAUCGUCUACAUGAUCACCAAGAUGGGAUACCUCUUCCUGUUCGACACGCACUCGGGCAAGCCCGUGUACCGCGCGCGCGUGUCCCAGGACACGACGUUCGUGACCUGCCUCGAGUCCAAGUCCAAGGGCAUGCUUGGCAUCACGCGCCGCGGCCAGCUCCUGCACUUCGCCAUCAACAAGACCAAGCUCGUGCCGUACGUGGUGAACACGCUGCGCGACUCGCAGAUGGCUCUGGCUCUGGCUACGCGUCUGGACCUGCCGGGCGCCGAGGAGCUUUACUUCACGGAGUUCAACCGUCUCGUUAGCGUUAAUGACAUUCAGGGCGCUGCUCGCCUUGCGGCCGCGUCGCCUCAGGGUGCGCUCCGCACGCCCCAGACGAUCCAGCGCUUCCAGCAGAUGCCUGCCCAGCCUGGUCAGCCGCAGCCGAUCCUGCAGUACUUCAGUGUCCUGCUUGAGAAGGGCACGCUGAACAAGAUGGAGUCCAUUGAGCUCGCCCGCCCCGUGCUGAUGCAGGGCCGUGGCCAGCUGCUGCAGAAGUGGCUGUCUGAGGACAAGCUCGAGUGCUCGGAGGAGCUCGGUGACCUGGUUGCUCAGUCCGACACCACGAUGGCUCUGUCGGUGUACCUGCGUGCUGAGGUGCCCGAGAAGGUGAUCAACUGCUUCGUGCAGCGCGGCGAGUUCGACAAGAUCGUGGCGUACGCCGUUCAGACCAACUACCGCUGCGACUACACCUUCAUGCUGCAGAACCUGGUGCGCGCCAACCCGCAGGGUGCUCUGGACUUUGCUCAGAAGCUGGCCGUCGCGGAGAAUGGUCCUCUGGUGGACGUCAACGCUGUGGUCGACAUUUUCAUGCAGGUGAACCGCAUUCAGGAGACGACGGCCUUCCUGCUGGAGGCGCUGAAGAACAACCGUCCUGAGGAGGGCUACCUGCAGACGCGCCUGCUGGAAAUUAAUCUGCUGGGUGGCUCGCCGCAGGUGGCGGAUGCUAUUCUGUCGAACAACAUGUUCACGCACUACGACCGCCCGCGCAUUGCUGCUCUUUGCGAGAAGGCUGGCCUGUUCCAGCGUGCCCUUGAGCACUACACGGAGCUGGCGGACCUGAAGCGUGUGAUUGUUAACACGCAGGCGAUCAACCACGAGUUUAUCGUGACGUUCUUCGGUACGCUGACGAGCGAGAUCUCGAUGGAGCUGAUCAACGCCCUCAUGGCGCACAACAUGCGCCAGAACCUGCAGAUUGUCGUGCAGGUGGCUACCAAGUACGCCGAGCAGCUCGGCGGCAAGGAGCUGGUGGAGGUGUUUGAAAAGUUCAAAUCGUUCGACGGUCUGUACUUCUUCCUCGGCUCCAUCGUGAACUUCUCGCAGGACCCGGACCUUCACUUCAAGUACAUUGAGGCUGCCACGAAGAUGGGUCAGUUCAAGGAGGUGGAGCGUGUGUGCCGCGACUCCUCUGUGUACGACCCCGUGAAGGUGAAGGAAUUCCUGAAGGAGUCGAAGCUGCAGGACCCGCGCCCGCUCAUUCACGUGUGCGACCGCUACGACUUCGUGGAGGAGCUGACGCAGUACCUGUACUCGAACAACCUGAUGAAGUACAUCGACGUGUACGUGACGAAGGUCAGCCCCCAGAAGGCUCCUGUUGUCAUCGGCAAGCUGCUGGACCUCGACUGCAACGAAGACUACAUCAAGAACCUGCUGAACCAGGUGGCGCAGUGCCCUGUGGACGACCUGUGCGAGCAGGUAGAGAAGCGCAACCGUCUUCGUCUGCUGCAGCCGUGGCUGGAGACCCGCGUUGCUCAGGGUAACACCGAGACGGCGACGCACAACGCCAUCGGUAAGAUCUACAUCACCCUGAACAAGGACCCGCAGCAGUUCCUGAUCAACAACCAGUUCUACGACUCGGAGGUUGUUGGUAAGUUCUGCGAGAAGCUGGACCCGGCUCUGGCCUACCUGGCUUACCGUCGUGCCGGUGGCGCGUGCGACGAUGACCUCAUCCGCGUGACUACGGAGAACGGCCUGUUCAAGGACCUGGCCCGCUACCUGGUAGAGCGUCAGGACGUCGACCUGUGGGGCAAGGUGCUCACGAAGCAGGAGGAAGGCGAGGCGGAGUCUCCCAGCCGUCGCGCUCUGAUUGACCAGGUUGUGCAGACUGCUCUUCCUGAGACGACGAACCCGGAUGAGGUGUCGACCACCGUGCGUGCGUUCAUGAACGCCGAGCUGCCGAACGAGCUGAUCGAGCUGCUAGAGCGCAUCGUGCUGCAGGGCACGGACUUCUCUACGAACAAGAACCUGCAGAACCUGCUGAUUCUGACGGCUAUCAAGGCUGGCAAGGAGAAGGUCAUGGACUACGUGAACCGUCUGGACAACUUCGACGGUCCCGAGAUUGCUCGCAUUGCUGUGGGUGAGCAGUACCAGCUCUACGAGGAGGGUUUCGUCAUCUACAAGAAGACGAACCACAACGUGGAUGCUAUCGGUGUGCUGCUCGACUACAUCAAGGACAACGAGCGUGCCUACGAAUUUGCCGACCGUUGCAACGAGUCGGAGGUGUGGUCUCGUCUGGCCAAGGCCCAGCUGGACCAGGGCAAGGUGCACGACUCGCUGUCUGCUUUCAUCAAGGCCAACGACGCCAGCUCGUACGUUGACGUGAUUGCCGCGGCUGAGCGUAUCGACAACUACAACGAGCUGAUCCCGUACCUGAAGAUGGCGCGCAACACGGUGAAGGAGCAGUACCUUGACACGUCGCUGAUUUACGCCUACGCUAAGACGGAGAAGUACGGAGACCUUGAGGAGUUCAUCUCAUCGCCGAACGUGGCGCAGAUCCAGAACAUUGGUGAGCGCUGCUACGAUGAAGGCAUGUACAACGCUGCAAAGCUGUUGUUCCAGAACAUCAACAACAACGCUAAGCUCGCCAUUUGCUACGUGCGUCUGGGCAAGUUCCGCGAGGCCGUGGACGCCGCUACCAAGGCCAACUCGGUUGGCACGUGGAAGGAGGUCAACUACGCCUGUGUUGAUGUGAACGAGUUCCGUCUCGCUGGUCUGUGUGGUCUGCACAUUAUCGUGCACCCGGACCACCUCGAGGAGCUGAUUCUGCACUACGAGAAGCGUGGCCACUCCACGGAGCUGCUGAAGCUGAUGGAGCAGGGUCUUGGUCUGGAGGGUGCUCACGCCGGUAUCUUCACGGAGCUGGCCAUCCUGUACUCGAAGUACCUGCCGUCGAAGCUCAUGGAGCACAUCAAGAUCUUCCACUCGCGCAUGAACGUGUCGAAGAUUCUGCGUGCUUGUGAGAAGGGCCUGCACUGGGACCACGCCGUGUACCUGUACAAGGAAGACGGCCAGUUCGACAAUGCUGUCCGUACCAUGGUCGACCACCCCGUGGCGUUCUCGCACGACCUUUUCCUGGACUGCAUCCAGAAGGUCCGCAACCAAGAGAUUCACUACAAGGCGAUCAACUUCUACCUGGAGCAACACCCGCUUGAGCUGACGCGUCUCCUGCAAGUGCUGACCCCCAACCUGGACCACGCUCGCGUUGUCCACCAGCUGCGCAAGUCGAAGAACCUGCCGCUUGUGGUGGAGUACCUGAAGGACGUGCAGAAGGAGAACCUGUCGGCUGUGAACGAGGCGCUGAACGAGAUCCUGGUCGACGACGAGGACUACCAGGCCCUCCGCGACUCUGUGGACGCGUACGAGAACUUUGACCAGAUCUCGCUGGCUCAGAAGCUCGAGAAGCACGAGCUGCUUGAGUUCCGCCGUAUUGCUGCCUACCUGUACCGUAAGAACAAGCGCUACCCGCAGUCCGUGAAGCUGUCGAAGGCCGACAAGAUGUACAAGGACUGCAUCGACUGCGCCAGCGACUCCGAGGACCCGGAGCUUGCCGAGGACAUCCUUCGAUUCUUCGUGUCUGUGCACGACAAGGAGUGCUUCUGCGCCACCCUGUUCACGUGCUACAAGCUGAUCAAGCCUGAUGUUGCUCUGGAGCUCGCGUGGCGCCACGGCUACACUGACUUCGUCAUGCCCUACAUGAUCCAGUUCGUCAAGAACCUGAGCGACAAGGUGAAGGUCUUGGACGAGCGCACGCAGGUGACGCAGGAGCCCGAGACGGACGCGCAGACGCUCGACCCGGCCUACGGCAUGGGUGGCAUGCAGCCGAUGCUUGCCAUCGCCCCCACCGCUUACAACGACCCCUCGGCAGGGUACGGCAUGGGCAUGAACCCCAACAUGGGCAUGGGCAUGGGAAUGCAGCCGAACAUGGGCAUGGGCGGCAUGCAGCAGAACCCGUACGCUAGCAGUCAGAGCAGCAUGGGCAGCAACCCGUACGGCAACAGUGGUUACCAGUAUUAAGUGAGCACGGCUUCUGGCUGACUCGCUGAGGUCAUCGUGCUGCUAGCUACCCCGACGCAUCGAGCGCUACGCUUUGUCGAAGACGAAGAC